GCGCGGGUUACCCAGAGUGCUCCGCGCAGGGGCAGCUCACUGGAGUUUGGUUCUCGAGGCGGCGGCAGUAGCGGCGGCGGCGGCUCCGGCGGCUCCUCCUCCUCCUCCUCUGGUGGCGGCGGCGCCCCGGGCCUGAGCCCCGGCCCCGGCUCCCCUCUCCGCCACCCCGCGCGCCCCUUCCUCCCCCGGCGCCGCGGGGAACAUGAGGCUCCGGUCCCGGAGGCCGGCGAGUGAGUGACCCCCGUCCCCUGCCUCAGCCCGCCCGCCCGCUGGCCCGGCCUCUACCCCCCGCCUCGCCCAGGCAAUGACAGCGGCUCCGGCGUCUCCGCAGCAGAUCAGGGACCGGCUGCUGCAGGCCAUCGACCCCCAGAGCAACAUCCGGAACAUGGUAGCGGUGCAGGAAGUCAUCUCCAGCUUGGAGAAAUACCCCAUCACCAAAGAGGCACUCGAGGAAACGCGACUUGGGAAGCUCAUCAACGACGUCCGCAAGAAGACGAAGAACGAGGAGCUCGCCAAGCGGGCCAAGAAGCUGCUGCGGAGCUGGCAGAAGCUCAUCGAGCCUGUGCACCAGAAUGAGGCGGCGCUGCGGGGGCUGGCGGGCGGCCCCGGCUCUGCCAACGGGGGUGCACACAACUGCCGGCCGGAGGCGGGGGCGGCCGGCACACCCAAGAGCAUCCACGACCUGAAGAACCGCAACGACAUCCAGAGGCUGCCCGGGCAGCGGCUGGACAGGCUGGGCAGCCGCAAGCGCCGGGGGGACCAGCGCGACCUUGGCCACCCUGGGCCGCCUCCCAAGGUCUCCAAAGCAAGCCAUGACUCCCUGGUACCCAACUCAUGCCCCCUCCCCACCAAUGGGAUCAGCGGGAGCCCCGAGAGCUUCCCUGGGCCCCUGGACGGCAGUGGGCAGGUGGGCCCCGAGGGCGGCCGCCUGGAUCCUGGCGAGAUGGAUAAGCACAGCGGCAAGAUCCCCGUCAACACUGUGAGGCCGCACACCAGUUCCCCGGGCCUGGGCAAGCCCCCCGGGCUGUGCUUGCAGACCAAGGCUGCAGUGCUGCAGCGGCUGGACAGGGUGGACGAGACUUCGGGGGCCCCCCCACCCAAGGGGCCUCCUCGCUGUUCCUUCAGUCCCCGGAACUCACGGCACGAGGGCUCCUUUGCCCGGCAGCGGAGCCCGUACACACCCGGGGGCUCCGUGCCCAGCCCCCCGCCGCAGCCCCAGGCGCUCGAUGCCACGCAGGUGCCGUCACCGCUUCUGGUGGCCCAGCCGUCCACGCCCCCUGUGCGGCGGCUCGAGCUGUUGCCCAGCGUGGAGAGCCCAGUGCGCUGGCUGGAGCAGCCCGACAGCCACCAGCGGCUGGCAGGGCCCGGCUGUAAGGCGGGGCUGCCCCCGGCCGAGCCCCUCCUGCCCCGGGCAGGCUUCUCUCCGGACUCCUCCAAGGCAGACAGCGAUGCUGCCUCCUCUGGUGGCUCGGACAGCAAAAAGAAGAAGAGGUACCGGCCUCGCGACUACACGGUUAACUUGGACGGGCAGGUGGCCGAGGCGGGCAUCAAGCCGGUCCGGUUAAAAGAGCGGAAGCUCACCUUUGACCCCAUGACAAGACAGAUCAAACCUCUGACCCAGAAAGAGCCGGUGCGGGCCGACAGCCCUGUGCACAUGGAGCAGCCCAGGACAGAGCUGGACAAGCCUGAGGCCAAGGCCAGCCUCCAGAGCCCUUUUGAACAGACGAACUGGAAGGAGCUGUCACGCAAUGAGAUCAUCCAGUCCUACCUGAGCCGGCAGAGCAGCCUGCUCUCGUCGUCAGGCGCGCAGACCCCGGGGGCUCACCACUUCAUGUCCGAGUACCUGAAGCAGGAGGAGAGCAGCCGGCGUGGGGCCAGGAAGCCACACGUGCUGGUGCCUCAUGGCCCGCCCACAGACCUCCCGGGGCUGACCCGGGAGGUCACGCAGGACGAUCUGGACAGAAUCCAGGCCCACCAGUGGCCGGGGGUGAACGGGUGUCAGGACACACAGGGUAACUGGUAUGACUGGACGCAGUGCAUAUCGCUCGACCCGCAUGGCGAUGACGGGCGGUUGAACAUUCUGCCUUAUGUCUGCUUGGACUGACCGCCCGGCGGCCUCGAAGUGCAUUCCCACCUUGCAGUUAGCCGGGGCGGGCGGGGGCCGGGGCCCAGCCACCUCCAGGGGUUGGGAACCUGGGACUCUGGCCCAGGGCAGGCUGGCGGGAGGGGGCGGGAGUCUCCGCUCUGCCCUCAAAAUUCUCCUUCUUUUGUGAAAUGCUGCUACCAGUUUACUAACAAAAUUGCAAAGGAAGGACCGCGUGGAAGAAAGGCCGGCAAAGUGAGUUCAGAACUCGAUAGCAAACCAGCUAUAAAAAGCGUUAGUCCCCACCCCGGAAGAGGUGCGGAUGCUUCCCAGCACCGGAAGCUGGGCCCUCAGUUGCAGGCAGGCACAGAAAAUCUGUGGGAGAGGUUACCUUUAACACAGCAACCGAAGCACGCAUCUCAUCGAUUUGCAUUUUCUGUUUUUUAAUUUUACCCUGAGUGUCUGAGGCAGUGGGCAAACCCGUAGCCUCUGUGUGUACCUUACCUGGCCAGCGUUUCCGUCAUGGUGCCAGAAGCUUCUCAGCUGUAGUGAGCUGCUGGCACCGGGUAGGCCACCUGGCCAGCCAGUUUGACCCACACUCCAUGGGCAUCCACACAUUCGUAUCUGAUUCCAGUUAAAACCCAGUUUUUAAAGAAAUGCUGCAAAAAUUUAAGUUUUCUAGUGUUUAUUUCAUCCCCCUCUUCCAUCUGACCACCAGCCAAAUAAUUUUCCUUUCUUUCUCCCUGUUCAUUUUCCCCUUCCUGCACAUAUCUAGAAAAUUUCACCUUUCUAGAGUCCCCUCCCAAAAGACACAAAAGUAACCGCGGGUGCUACUGGUGUGUAAGCUGUCCUGUUGGGCGUGGAGACCUGUCUGUACGCUGGAAACACUCAUAACCAUUCCUUUAGAUUCGUUUGCCUUAUGGUUAUUGUCAUAAAUGCGAUUUGCAAAAACAAGGAGCCUUAGUGAAUGUACAGUACCUAGACUUCUGUGUUCUCAGGACGCAGAAGGGAGCAACUUUGCUAUUUGGUCCAGUAAGUGGACACCUUGUGAUAUAAAUGUGGAAAUAAAAAAAAAAAAAAAACAUUUGCACAAA